CCCAAAUUCCACAUGCCAUCGAUUUCAGGACCCAAAAUCUCCAUGCCAGAUUUGGACUUUAACUUGAAAGGCCCCAAACUCAAAGGUGAUGUGGAUAUCAAUGCUCCAAAAAUAGAGGGUGACAUCAAAACCCAUGACAUUGACAUCAAAGCUCCAAAGAUUGACAUUGAAGGGCCAAAGGGUGGAUUUGAAAUGCCUGGAAUGAAAAUGCCAUCUCUAAACAUUAAAGGUCCAAAAAUAGAUACCCCAGAUUUUGACAUAAAUCUUAAAGGCCCAAAACUUGAAGGGGAUGUGGAUGUUAAAAUGCUAAAGGUCAAAGGAGACAUAAAAGCACCUGUUGUUGACAUUGAAGGCCCAGACAUUGACAUUGAAGGCCACAAAGGUGGAAUCAAAAUGCCUAAAUUCAAGAUGCCUUCAUUUGGAAUGAAAGGUCCAAAAGUAGAAGGUCCAGAUGUAGACAUCAACCUUCCGAAAGCAGACAUUGAUGUGAAAGCACCAAUCAUUGACAUAAAAGGACCAGAAGUGGAUAUCGAAGGACCUGAUGCAAAGCUCAAAGGUCCCAAAUUCCACAUGCCAUCUAUUUCAGGACCCAAAAUCUCCAUGCCAGAUUUGGACUUCAACUUGAAAGGUCCCAAACUCAAAGGUGAUAUGGAUGUAAAUGCUCCAAAAAUAAAAGGAGACAUCAAAACCCCUGAAAUUGACAUCAAUGCUCCAAAGAUUGACAUUGAAGGGCCAAAGGGUGGAUUUGAAAUGCCAAAAAUCAAAAUGCCAUCACUGAACAUCAAAGGUCCUCAAAUAGAUACCCCAGAUUUUGACAUUAACCUAAAAGGCCCCAAACUUGAAGGGGAUGUGGAUGUUAAAAUGCCAAAGCUCAAAGGAGAAAUAAAAGCGCCUGCUGUUGACAUUGAAGGCCCAGACUUUGACAUUGAAGGUCACAAAGGUGGGAUUAAAAUGCCUAAAUUCAAGAUGCCGUCAUUUGGAUUGAAAGGGCCAAAAGUAGAAGGUCCAGAUGUUGACAUUAACCUUCCAAAAGAAGAAAUUGAUGUGAAAGCACCUGACAUUGACAUAAAAGUACCAGAUGUUGAUCUUGAGGGAUCUGAUGCAAAACUCAAAGGACCCAAAUUCCACAUGCCAUCGAUUUCAGGACCCAAAAUCUCCAUGCCAGAUUUGGACUUUAACUUGAAAGGCCCCAAACUCAAAGGUGAUGUGGAUAUCAAUGCUCCA